AGGGAACCGGGAACUGGAUUAGGAAACCAGGGGGAUCUGCAGCCAACUUGCGGCAUAGACCGCAACCUCCUCCCAGUUAUCAGCAGGUAAGCAUUCGAACCAGGCGAUGCUGAGCAUCUGCGUGCCAUUGAUCUACCAUGCAGCAUUGCCUCAAUCGAUUGACUCCGUAUGGCCGUUUGUUGACGCGCAAGGGCUUCAGGGCGAGAGAAUCCGAGUCCUGUUUUUUUCGGUUGCUGUUGCCAUGGGGAUCGGGGACUACUUCAAGGCUGAGAAGCUUGGGUCGAAGCCAACACCGACGCCAGCUUCACCACCAAGAGAACAUGGAAGACACCAGCAACAGCCAUCCGCAUCCGAGGACCACCCGGCUCCAUCAGUCCAGCCCGCCUCUGAGCUGCAACCUCCCACCCCGAGGUUUAGCUCGAGGCCGCAAUCCAUCUCGGGCCGGUCGGUGCGGUCAACAGGGAGUUCGGUCCUCGAUGAAAUCAAGCACGAGGUCAUGGUGAAUUAUCUUUACCAGCAGCAAUGUUCACACCUCUGGAUAUCCGAUGGCAGCGGUGAGAUCGAGGGUGUCCUUCUCCGGAAGGCGAGGGGUCAGUAUAUGGCCUGCCCGCCGCAGCUGGUCAACUCGCCGCUUGCGGCGGCUUGCACUGCCCUCAACGUCCAGUGCGCCAUGACAGUCAACUCCAGGGUGAUCAAGACGUUCCUACAGUGGUCCCCGGACGCCGUCGAUGUCCCCCUGAUGAACGGCAUGCGCGUGCAGAUCCUCGCGACCAUUGACGACCUCCCCCGCGCGCGGAAGCACCAGUUUGCCGCUUUCGUCGCGUCCGAGGGUCUGCUGAUCGUCUGGGACGACGACGCCCUGCAUCUGGUCCAGAGAGCCAAGGCAAUUGAGUCGGAGCUGAUGGAGCUCGUGUGGAAGGUUGGCGCGGAGGACAACGAGGACGAGAAGGGCGUAGCCGCCGUGGAAGAGCCGGAAGUGGACGAGGAGAGCGGCGAGCUGAAGCCGGAAAAGCGACCGGUUCACCUGCUGAACGCGUACCUGGUCAGCCUGUCGCUCAUCCUGGUCACGGUAUCGCUCGGGGCCGCUUUCCGGCAGCUGGCCAUCGAGGUUUCUGUCGACGGCAACUACGUCCGCCUGGCCCUCGUGGCCUUGUUCCCGGUCCAGAUGUUCUUCACCCUCUUCUUCGCCCAAGUUAUCGUCGGCUGCCUGGCGCAGAUCUUCGGUCCCAUCCGCCAGCUCACCGUGAACUCCAAGUUCUACUCGGCCCGCCCGCCACCGAGGCUGCGGUCCUCCGUUCUGCCCCACGUCACCGUCCAGUGCCCCGUUUACAAGGAGGGUCUCAACGCCGUCAUAGCGCCCACGGUCAAGUCCAUCAAGCAGGCCAUGUCGACGUACGAGCUGCAGGGAGGAUCGGCUAAUAUGUUUAUCAACGACGACGGCCUGCAGCUCAUCUCGGAGGAGGACCGCCGCGCGCGUAUCGAAUUCUAUGCGGACAACAGCAUCGGGUGGGUCGCUCGCCCGAAGCAUGGCGAGAACGGCUUCCAGCGGCGCGGCAAGUUCAAGAAGGCUUCCAACAUGAACUUCGCCCUCAUGAUCUCGUGCAAGGUGGAGGACAAGCUGGCCGCGAUCCAGCGCACCCCCGACUGGACGCAGCACGACGAGGCUCUGGCCUACGAGCGCGCCCUGAAGGAGGUCCUGGAGGAGGACGGCCGGGCCUGGGCCGACGGCAAUAUCCGCAUCGGCGACUACAUCCUGCUGGUCGACUCCGACACGCGCGUGCCCGCCGAUUGCCUGCUGGAUGCCGUCUCGGAGAUGGAGCUGUCCCCCGACGUCGGCAUCAUGCAGUUCUCGUCCGGCGUCAUGCAGGUCGUGCACACCUACUUCGAGAACGGCAUCACCUUCUUCACCAACCUCAUCUACAGCGCCAUUCGCUACACCGUCUCCAACGGCGACGUGGCCCCUUUCGUCGGCCAUAACGCCAUCCUCCGGUGGUCUGCCAUUCAGCAGGUCUCGUACGAAGACGAGGACGGGUACGAGAAGUUCUGGUCGGAAAGCCACGUGUCGGAAGACUUCGACAUGUCGCUGCGUCUCCAGUGCGCCGGCUACAUCAUCCGGCUCGCCGCCUGGGCCGGCGACGGCUUCAAGGAGGGCGUGUCGCUGACGGUCUACGACGAGCUGGCUCGCUGGGAGAAGUACGCCUACGGCUGCAACGAGCUGCUCUUCCACCCGAUCCGCAAGUGGAUCUACAAGGGCCCCUUCACCCCGCUCUUCCGCCGCUUCCUCUUCUCCAACAUUCGCUUCACCUCCAAGGUCACCGUCAUCUCGUACAUCGGCACGUACUAUGCCAUCGCCGCCGCCUGGAUCAUGACCAGCAUCAACUACUUCAUCAUGGGCUGGUUCAACGGCUACCUCGACAAGUAUUACGUCGAUUCGUGGCAGGUCUGGUUCUCCAUCAUCCUCGUCUUCAACGGCCUCGGCAACAUCGCCCUCGCCGUCAUGCGGUACCGCGUCGGCGAGCGCAGCAUCCUGUACGCCCUGUACGAGAACUUCAAGUGGACCUUCCUGCUGGCCGUCUUCCUCGGCGGCCUGUCUCUGCACCUGUCGCAGGCCCUACUGGCGCACAUGUUCGAGAUUGACAUGACGUGGGGCGCGACCGCCAAGGAGGCCGAGUUCUCCAACUUCUUCAUCGAGGUGCCCAAGGUGUUGAAGAAGUUCAAAAUCUCAAUGCUCUUUGCCACCAUCUUCAUCGCUGGCAUGAUCAUUCUCGCCGUCGCUCCCUUCAUCCCCUACAGCUGGCACAUUAAAGACUUCGUCGCCAUCCUGCCCAUGGCCACGGUCGCCGCCUCGCAUCUGCUGCUGCCGCUAGUUUUGAAUCCUGCCCUGAUGACAUUCUCGUGGUAAUUAAAGUGAUGAAGAGAGGGCCACCUUGGGUUGGUUGCGGCAGAUAUAUUGAUUUCAGGGAACCUAAUUUUCCUUUUUUUGAAACCUUUUUUUGUAUUGUUCUGGGGCCACCGGGUUGAUUGGUUUAACAUGCCAUAACUAUAGACUGG